AUGGAUCAAAAAGUCAAACAGACAUGGCGUCAUAUCAAAGACAUUUAUGGAUACCAUAACAGGUUUUCGUCUUUUCAGAAAAUAGUGAUAAUAUCCUUCUUUGUAGGAUUUGCCUCCAUAUUUUAUGCUCGUCUGUUAACAGUUGUGUUUGUUUACGUUUUGGCGGUUAUCUCUUCUGCAAUCGCAUGUCAUGUUCUGUCGUCUGUUAAAACCAAUUUCUCAUUCGGUGUUUCAAUUUUGAUUUUCGCUACUAGACACCAAAUAUUGUUCAAACACAUCUUCCGACUUGUGAAGAUACUAAAAACUAAUCAAAGUCCGAAUAACAACAAAGGUCUUGGCUUGCGAAAGACAUGUGUGGACGAUGAGUUUCACGAUACGCAAAAGCAUUACGAGGACACGCUUAGAGACGCUGAACGCAUUAGGGCUAUCGAGAAAGAAAAUACUGACGUCUGGGUGCUUUCAGGAGGUAUAAAGGCUAGAGAUGAAAUGGGUGCUUGUGGAUGGAAGGAUGAGGUGCAAGUGUUCUCAGGCCUUGUUUCCAAAGACUUUGUGGAACCUUGGUAUGGUACAUUCUCCUCUGUCAGUGAUAGUGUUUUGGAGGAAACACAUGAAAUUAUCAACACAUGUUUUCUUGAAUUAUGUCAAAGAUUCCAAAAGCUGAAUACCUACAAGUUAUUAACUGAUAUUCUUCUGCAUUAUAGGCAACAUCUUCGCAUGUUUCAAGUAGCUCGCACAUUGUAUAAAACUCAACCAAGAAGACGAUUGAGUCAACGAAGGCCAUCAACAAGUCAACAGCUAUAUGCCUCGCGUAGAAUUAACUCUGUGGAGGAGGCAUUUGAAAUAAAAUUCUCCUAUCAUUCAGCAGUUUGGGGAGUGGAAAAUGAGAUUAUGUAUUUCAGAUCAGUGGUUCAGAUAUUGCUGUCUCAACUUCUUCCUGGUCACCUUGGCAUUUGCAAUACCUCAUAUUUACUUUUUGUUGAGAUUUUUACAUGCAAUAUAUUUUUACCUGUGAUAGAACGUCUCUCUGACUCUGAUUUUUUGUAUGAAUGCAUAAUAAGGAUACUCUCUGAUGAGAAGAUAUGCUCUCUAGAAGACAAUGAAACAUCAGAAAGCCUAGUGGAUGAAAAUCUAGAAAGUAAUCAAAUGGCUGCAUAUCAAAAUGUUUUCCAGAAUAAGGUUGAAAUUGUCAUAUCUGACCAACAGAAAGAAGCAGAUGGAAUGGAUCCAGAUAGAUAUGGGUUAUCCGAGUGCAAUCUACCUGGGAGUUGCUCACUCAGGUCAGAUGUCAGAGGGAUGAGAAGAUCAAGCUCAACAUCAAGCGCUCAUGAUUUGCAGAAUUUUCAAUGUGUGAAUGAUUCAUACAUGUCUGAUCAGAGGAAAGACCAAUUAUAUGACUAUGGAGAGGAAAAUACAAUGAAGAGUUUUGGAACUGUGAAACAUGGAAACUCUUUAUACUGUGAUAGAGGUCAUCCUACAUUAGCACGUAGUUGUCCUAGUGACCUUGGUACUGGUUCAGCCUCAAGGAUCUCUGACCCUGAGGACUUUAGUGCAGAGAGUAGUGCUACCGAUGAUGAUGAAAUUUCAUCAAAGGUACAUGUAUUCCUUGAUAGCAAUGAAGUUGAGGUUAACAAUUUGGAACAGCUUGAACUUCCAAAUAUGUUGUUUGUGGAUGUGUCUAUUACAGACACUGAGACAAGACAGGAAAUGAGAAGUUCUACACAGUAUACCCUAUACAAUAUACAGUAUGAUGCAUUGUACAGCACAGAAACUCAUUCCUUGGAACUACGUACCAGAAGUGUAAAAAGAAGAUUUCGUGAGUUUGUGAAUCUGCAAGCUCGUCUGGAGGAUAAUGAAGCAUAUAGGAAAAGUUUAAAGGAUGUUAAGGGACCAAGAAGAUGGCUUUCUCUGCCAUUUGGAAAUAUGGAUAAGAGGAGUGUUGAAGGUCGCAGGAAGAGUCUAGAGGCAUUCCUAAAGUCAUUGAUUCAAAAGCUUGACAUAUGCAAUGGAUCAGAGCUGAAGGAGUUCUUAGCCUAUGAAGGGGAUGGCCAUAUAGCAUUUGUUAGGAAGGCUCCAGAAAUAUCAGUACCAAGAAUUGACAAGAUGAUUGUAAAAACCAUGUCUGAUGUGUUUGAUAAAAUUGGUGAGCUUUCAAAUAAAGCCCAAGAGGUGUUACCAAAAUUACCAGGCAAGAAAGAUAGCUCUGUGUCAGAAGAAGAAGGAAAGCCGGCAAAAGACCUGGACCUGAUCAAUGUGGAUUUCAGUGCUGAAAGUCAGGUUUCAGAUUUACAUGGAAAAUUGAACCAAUACAUCAGGAAGCAAUGCAAUAAGGCUUGUUCCAAAAUGGAAAGUCCCACUACACCAAUAAACAAGGAACAAGCCCAAUGGAAAAUUGGUUCAGGUACAGAGACCAAGCCCACUGCUAGCCAUGGGUCUAGUAAUGAACAGCUGAUUUAUGAAUCUCGCACCACAUUCUCACCAGAAGAAUCAGCUUAUGAAGUCACAGAAGAAACCGAGAUGAUGAUAGGUGAACAUUCUAGUCCUGAGAGGGAAAUAGCAUCUACUAAUACAAUCAUUUCUUCAUCACAAGAACAUGAAAUAACUACUAGAAACAUUAAAAUUGACUCCAAACACAAAAUUGCUGACAGCCAAGACGAUGAGAAAGUGGAUCCUUUAAUGGAGUGUAGCCAAACAUCUAGAGAAGGAGAAACAGAAGACAUUCUUGGUAACAAAGGCCAUUUAGACAACAUUGCUUUGGCUGUGGCUGUCAUAGAUCUUGCCAUACAGACUUUACAGGGUCGGGACUGCUGGGUGACGAGGGACAGAGUGGUCAAUCUUACUAAACACCUUGCUGGUACUGCCCUUCACAAGUUUCUUAUGAUGGAGCUGGAUACUUUGACAACAGAGCAAAUGUGUGUGUUCUAUAUUAGAACCCUGCGAGAAACACUCUGGCCUAAUGGACAGUUGUCCCUGGAGGGAAGAAAGGUCAAAACGGACAAACAGAAAGCAGCCACCAAGGAGCAAGCCAGGAGGUGUUUAGCUGAGUUCUUCCCAGACGUUCUGAAACAGCUUGUAGGAGCAGACGAUUACCAAUUCAGCAUAGAUGAGAUCAUAGAGUCUAUGGAACACCAGAAGCUGAAUAGAAAUUUCAUGUGUACAUUCCUGGAUCAUCUGAUUGAAAGACUUUUUCCUGAGACUUCCUCAACAGAAUGCCAGGAAGAUAUGUUAAAAUAGUGAUAAUUGAUGUUUUUCAUGGCAAAGUGCAAUAUAACUUAUAAAGGAAUUUAAUGUGUGACAAUAAUCUCUAUCUUAGUAUGGAUGUUGAGUUAUUAGAAGUAUUCCAUCAAACAUCCACCAAUAAAUAUGGUUUGGAGUUUGAAAAAAAGGGUUGGGUUGAGUACCAAAUGAAAACAAACAAGAGAAGCUGGGUGUUUGUAUUGGAUUGUAGGGAUAUUGACGAGGAUAAAUUUGUAAGUCAUGAAAUCAAAAUGUCAUGUGACAGAUGUCGUUGUACAUUUUAUUUUAAUUGGACCCAGCUGAUAUUGAGGUAAACAGGGUAUUAUACUGAUUUAAACAUAUUAUUGAGAGGAAAAUUUUGUGAAGUUGUAUACAGACUGUAAUAUGUGUGACAUGUAGUUUAAAUACAGUACUUUUCUUUUAAAUUUAUUGAGACCUUCUACAUGUGAAAUUAUUGCUAAAAGAAAGUCUGUUUAGA